UAUUUAAAUAAAACUUUUACGAUUGAUUAAUAAAUAAAUUAAAUUAUUUAGGUUGAACAAAAAUCCAGAUUUUACGUAACAAUUAAUUGAAUUAAACCGUGCUUAUUAUUUAUAAUAAUUUUGAGAAUUAUUAUUUGAUAUUUUAAUUAUUGAAAGGCAGUUAAGUCCUUAUUGUUAAAUAUAGCCACAAUCUAUAUAUAAAAAAAAAAUAAAUAAAAAAAUUAGGAAUUUAUUUUGAAACAAUAUUUUAUUAAGGCCGUGUAGUAAGUCCUUACGUUUUGUGAAUUAUUUUGGAACAUUGUUGUUCAUAUUGGGGGAAUUUAUUAAGGCGGUGUAGUAAGUCCUUACAUUUUGUGAAUUUAUUUGAGAAUUUUAUUUAAAGGCCGAGAAGUAAGUCCUUAUAUUGUUGAAUUUAUUUAAGACAUUGAAGUCUUCGUUGAGAUUAUUUUAUAGGCCGUGUAGUAAGUCCUUUUGUUUAUGUGAAUUUUUACGACAAUUAUUGAAGUCGUGUUUUGUUGAAUUUUAUAGGCCGUGUAGUAAGUCCUUCCGUUUAUAUUGAAUUUUUACGACAAUUGAGGUCGAGUUAUAUUGAAUUUUACGACAAGUUGAAGUCGAGUUAUAUUGAAUUUUGAAUUUUUACGACAAUUGAGGUCGAGUUAUAUUGAAUUUUACGACAAGUUGAAGUCGAGUUAUAUUGAAUUUUUACGACAAGUUGAAGUCGAGUUUUAUUGAAUUUUGAGUUAUUACGACAAUAGAAGUCGAUUUAUUGAAUUUUAUAGGCCAAGUUGUAAGUCCUGAUAUUUUGUGAAUUUAUUUGAAGACAGUGAGUCUAUAUUUUGAGAUUUAUUUUAUAUAAGGCAGGAAUAAGUCCUUAAGUGUUGAGUUAAAUAUAAAAUUGAAUUAAUUUAAUUAAUACAGUUGGUAGGAGUCACUAUUUAAGUAUAGAUGUCCUAGGAUUGAUUAAUUAAGAAAAAAAAAUUGAAUAAAAAAAUUUUAAGGGGUUUUAAAUAGGGAAUAUAAUAACGGUGUUAUUAAUUAUCGUUAGUUAUACGAAUUUAAUAUUUUGUUUAGUAUUUAUUCAUCGCUGCUAUUAAUUGUAUAUUUAAUUAUUAUAAACGAUUUAAUUUAUUUUACGCUAGUGUGUCAUUUACGUUUAGUUAAGUUUAAUUUAAUCUAUUUUAAUUAAAAUUCUAUAUUUACCUAAUUAAAUUAUUAUGACUAUUAUUUAAUGAGUCACAAAGAAGUUAAUGUUAGCCUAACUGAUAGCGAAACCGGAAGUGUUCAAAUAAUAGAUCAGGUCAGAGUUUCCGUAAACACAGAAGUAACAAGUGAUAGUGAAUUAAAUAAGGGAACUGACAAAGAAAACUUAGAUACAACAAAUAGCGAUAAUAAGGAUCUAUUAAUCGACUUAAGUACAGACGAAGGAUAUCAAUAUUCUGUAGAUUUCGAUAGGGAAAAAUAUUUAACAGCCAUCAGGGAAAAGAAUUUGUUGAAUACUAGUAUAAGACCGAUAUUAGUUAGUGAAACGGAAUUACGAAAAAUAGGUACCCGGACUCAGAAAGGAAUAGUACAUACCCAAUUAGAAGAGGUUAAACGAAUAAGAAAAACCAAAAUGACUAGUAAAAUUCCAUUAGACAAAGCCACCCUAAUGAUCCCCACCUGUACUGGUGAGAGGGAUGUAUACCAGUUCAUUAAGGCAUGCGACUUAGCAUGUUCCGCCGUAGAAAAAGAAGAUCUGCCUAUAUUAACCAAAUACAUUAACACUAAAUUAUUUGAUCAGGCGUUAACUGCGUGUCGAUAUAGGGACACUAGUGAUUGGGAAGGAAUAAAAUUAAUUCUAUUAGACGCAUUCGAACCACAACAGUCGACAUCAUCGUUGCAAGUAGCAUUAAAUUCCGUCCGAAUGAGGAAUAACGAAGAUGUAGGUGCAUAUGCACGACGCGUAGAACAACUAUUUUACAAUUUAUGCAUAGCUAGUACAAAAAAUAAGAGUACAGAGCAGGCAACUACCAUUCGCGAUCAGUUAAAAGAACAGACAUUAGUAGUAUUUAUUAAGGGAUUGACACCUAAUUUAAAAAACAUAGUGAAACCUCAAAAGCCACCCACUUUAGAAUUGGCGAUACAGGUUGCUAAGGACGAAGAAGUUGAACUUAAAUCUGAAUCGGAAGCAUACCAGUACUACAGAGGUGAUAACCCUCGUAGACAAGCUAAUAACACUAAUCACAAUAAUUUCAAUAGGCAGAAUAAUUAUUUUAACAAUAAUAAUCGUAACCACAAUAAUAAUUAUAAUCCAUCAAAUAAUAAUAAUAGACCGAGUACAAGUACAUUUAAUAGGCCACAAUACAACCAAAAUCCGAAUUAUAAUAGGCCACAAUACAAUCGAAAUCCGAAUUUUAAUAGACCCGAUAUAAAUCACGGUAGUAGGAAUAAUCAAUACCAGCCUCGAAAUGGUAACAAUGGGUUUAAUAACAAUCAAGGUGGUAAUUAUCGAAGUAAUGUCAUACAGUGUUAUCAGUGUGGAGGUAACCACAUUGCGCGGAAUUGUAAUCAAAAUUCGCGUCCAUCCAACAACAAUUUUACGCGACAACCUACUAAUUAUAACGCACCGGUAAAUCUUAUGUGUACAUAUUGUAAAAUUCCUGGACACGACGUCACCAAAUGUUUUAGAAAGCAGAAUAACGAUAGGCGAAAUAAUAAUUCGGGAAACUUACCAAGAUCGGACGACAGGAGUGGCGCUCGACCGAUAAACUUAAUAGCCACAGUAGAGGAGGGUUGCCAGGACGAUGUUUACACAUCAAGUCAGUCAUAAACAAAAACCAUAUUACUUGUCAGUCUGCCAAUGUAAAAAAAGAAUUCAUGGAACUAUUAAUUGACACUGGGAGCGAUGUUAAUUUAAUUAAAUUUAGUACUUUAACUGGAGACACACUAGUGCAGGAAGAUA